GAAGUGAUCAAGAGGGAUACCUGUAAAUAAAUUAGUGUAUUUUAACUCGUACUUUAUAUUUCUCGCAGCCGACCAUGUGGCUUGAAGCGACGUUGGCAAGAAAAACAGAUGGGCGGACGAACGUGAAGACCUAGCAGCUUGAUGGCGAAGAUCCAGUGCUUCUUCAGAAAUCAGCGACUUCAUCGGAACUGCUUCGCAUCAUCACUGAGAAGAGUCAACUGAACGAAGCGGCCCUCGUUGAGAAAGGUUUGGGGCAGCGGAAGUUGAUUUCUAUUUUCCCAGCAAUUUCAAGUGGCCCGGGCCGUAGCCGCGGCAUGCAGCAACAAGUUCGAGGGAAGAGACCUAAUCACGAGACUCCGCACAGGGUCCAACAUAAUAAUCGUUAGCACACUGAACGAGGAGGCCGCCCAGCUCGCGAGGCGCAUCACUAGCCUCACUAUCGAGGGACGCUCAUAUGACGUGAACGCUUACGUGGCCGCACCGGAAAACACCCGGCGUGGCGUGAUACACAGAGUGGACCCCGGAGCGACACCGGAGGAACUGAAAACGGACUUGUGGACGCGCACACAGGGUGUCACCAUUCACAGCGCCCGAAGACUAGGCAAGACCAAGACGGCCGUCAUCACCUUUGACGGACCCAUCACACCGAAACACGUCAUCUACUGCGGAGCCGAGUACAAGUGCUACCCGUACCGGCCCACAAGACAAAUCUGCUACGUUUGCUGCCAACAAGGUCACCGCUCCGACGUGUGCCCAACACCGGACGCCCAGGCUUGCAAACAGUGCGGGAUGCAGAACCCGCCAAAGCAUCACCAGUGUACCCCGAGAUGCCUGAUCUGCGGAGGCAACCACGCUACCGGAUCGCGGGAGUGCCAAGACCGACUAAAGAAAGCCAGGGACCUGCGAGGCAAGGCCAACGGUGGCAACAACGGCGGUGGACGCGAGAGCAGACGUCGGAGCAGGGACGACCGCGGCAAGAAGCCGAGAUGGUUCAGCUCGGAGGGGGAGACUUCGCGGAGCCGUUCGAGAUCCCGGGCGUCGCGGAGCCAUUCACGGAGCCGUUCACGGUCCUUCCCGCCCCUGCCGCCCCUGGCCAUUAAGGGAGGGAGCCAGCUGCAGCAGCAGCAGCAGCAGAAGAAGACGACGAAGAACGAGCCUACCCGAAAGAGCGGCGGCCUCAAGGUGCCCAUCGACUGGUGCUCCACCUGCAGGCGCGCGGCUUUCCCAUGACUAACGGGAUAAGCUCCAAGCCGGCUUUGUUCGACCUCAGACAGCCGCGGCACAACGAAUUGCUCAUCCUCUUCCGCCACGUCUACUGCUCAGGUUCCAGCCAUUCGGCGAGCAAGCGAGGUGACACAGGUGCUGCUGCUGGUAAGGGCACUCUGCCAGCCUUCAAAUCCGUAUCCCACGUGAUUUUUGACCUUGACGGCCUGCUUGUAGGUGCUGAACGUCUGCUGCGCCACCUACAUGCCCACGGUAUCCCCAUGGCCGUCGCCACUAGCUCGACCCCAGCUUCAUUCGCCCUCAAGAUGACGCAGCAUCAAGACAUUGUGGACCUCUUUGACCACGUGGUCUGCUCUGGCGGAGAAGCAAGAGUAAAGCGCGGGAAGCCUCACCCGGAAAUAUUCCUCGUCGCCGCGUCGAAGUUUGUUGAGACGCCACCUUCCGAAAAGGUGCUGGUGUUCGAAGACUCACCUAUGGGUGUAACGGCUGCUCUGUCCGCUGGUAUGCAGGUGGUUAUGGUUCCAGACCCUCAUAUCGACGAAGAGAUUCGGCGUCGGGCUACCCUGUGCAUUGUAUCGCUGACUGAGUUUAAACCCGAGCUGUUUGGGCUCCCAUCUUUCAACACUUUCCCACAGAAGAGCUGACACGCUCGUGUAAAGAUUGGGACGUGAAGAAGAUGCUUCACUGGGGAAGGGGGGGGGAGGCGUGUGUGAGCGUAUCACUUGCUACGAAUCCAAUUCACAUUGUGCAAAACGCACCGCUCUUGCGACAUUUCCGUUCGCUAACAUGUACUCCCAACGCACACGUUGUUAAACAUCGGGUAGCAUAAACGCGUGUAGGUGAAGAACUGCCGACAAUCGUUGCGUCGAUGUAGAAGACUCGCCGUUUUAAGCAACGCCAAAGCAAGGAACAGCACUCGGAGACUGCGAACUUAGUUUGGCCAUGGCUAUUACGCUUCAACACGGCUGCAACCCAUGCUUGCUCAAUGCGACGCUUAUGUGUCGUCCGUGCCAAGAUUCGUGACUGAUACAAGUAUCGGAACACAAGUGUCUCUAAAUCGGUCAAGUGUAGAACUUGAUUCGUAAAGCUCCUAGCUAGUCAAUGUGAUCAUGCGUUCUGUGCCUCUAUACAUUUUGCCUGUUUCUCUACUCAAGUGUCCUUCAAUUUGUUAUUGUUCCGUUCUACCCGACGUCAUUUCCACAUUUGCGCGACCUGCAGGCAUUGCUUGCCCACAUGGCGUAAUGUUAAACGCAAGAAAUACGAGCCAUGCUCGAAGACAGCUACGCGGUGGCCAAUAGGCAACCGCCAUUCGCAGUAAUUCAUGCUGCCUGGCAAAGCUCCUUUUAAACCUAGCUUCGUUAUUUAGUGUUGCGCCAGAAGCAUA